AUCUGUCAAGCCCACAUUUAAACUGCUGCCUGCCUGUGCAGCAGCUGAGGAGCCGUGGAUUUCAUAUUAUAGACUAAAAGCUCGGUAAAGACUGCUCAAAAAUCCUUCCUGCAGCUGCCAAGCAACAAGGAAAAGUGAGUUACACCCUAUUCUCUUCCCAUACAAUCGAAACACUACAUUCUAGCUCUGCUGCUUUACAUUGCAGCUCCGUGUUAUUACUAGAAAUAUGGAUACUCAGAAGAGAAUACAGCACUGCAUUGUCCGGCCAGGAAAACAGCAGAUGUAAAGAGCUUCAAUGCAUCAACUGUCGGGAAGAGUCAACAGAGUUCCAAACAGAAAGGACAACCACAAUUCUUUUGUUUAAAGAGAGAAAGAAAAUGAAAGAAGGAAAAAAUCUCCGAGGACGGGGAUCCACAUGAAGGAGGAGGGUAACUCGAAGACAAGCAGACAGAUGGACACUGUGAAAAGCAAUCGCAGGAGGCAGGCUAUUGGGGGAUGUGCGCAUGUUCGAUGGCAUCUUUUUUGCUGAAGUGAUGGCGUGCCAAAAGUAUUUUCAGGGGGCAUAAUCCUCUCCAUAUAAAUGGCCUGACCAAGUAAGGGUAACUGCGAGGGAGACAAUGUGAUCGAAUCAGAAAAUGAUUACCAAAGAAUAGUAUUGAUUCAGAAGAAAACCUCUAUGUAGGUUUAAGUAACCUCUAGCAAACAACCCAUUUUACUGGAUAUUUGCAACAUGCUUCAGUGGAGGAGAAGACACUGCUGCUGCGCAAAGAUGAGCUGGAAUGCCAAGAGGUCUCUGUUCCGUACCCACCUUAUCGGGGUGCUCUCUCUAGUGCUUCUUUUUGCUAUGUUUUUAUUUUUCAAUCACCACGACUGGCUGCCAGGCAAAGCUGGAUUCAAAGAAAACCCUGUGACCUACACUUUCCGAGGAUUUCGUUCUACAAAAAGUGAGACAAAUCACAGUUCUCUUCGGAAUAUUUGGAAAGAAACAGUCCCUCAAACUCUGAGGCCUCAAAUAGCAACGAACCCCAAUAACACAGAUCUGUCACUACAGGGUGUUACGGGACUGGAGAAUACACUUAGUGCCAAUGGAAGCAUUUACAAUGAAAACGGUAUUGGACAUUCAAAUUCUUACCACUUUAAAUAUAUUAUCAAUGAACCUGAGAAAUGUCAAGAGAAAAGUCCUUUCUUAAUACUACUCAUAGCAGCAGAACCCGGACAAAUAGAAGCUAGAAGAGCUAUUCGGCAAACCUGGGGCAAUGAAAGCCUAGCACCUGGCAUCCAGAUCACACGGAUUUUUCUGUUGGGUGUCAGUAUUAAGUUAAAUGGCUACCUUCAACGUGCAAUACACGAAGAAAGCAAACAGUAUCAUGACAUAAUUCAACAGGAAUAUUUAGAUACCUACUAUAAUUUGACCAUUAAGACGCUAAUGGGCAUGAACUGGGUUGCAACAUACUGUCCACAUAUUCCGUAUGUUAUGAAAACUGACAGUGACAUGUUUGUCAACACUGAGUAUUUAAUACAUAAGUUACUGAAACCAGACCUGCCUCCCAGACAUAACUAUUUUACUGGCUACCUAAUGAGAGGAUAUGCGCCCAAUCGAAACAAAGACAGCAAAUGGUACAUGUCACCAGAACUCUACCCAAGUGAGCGCUACCCUGUGUUUUGUUCUGGAACUGGUUAUGUUUUUUCUGGAGAUCUGGCAGAGAAGAUCUUCAGAGUUUCAUUAAGUAUUCGUCGUUUGCACUUAGAAGAUGUGUAUGUGGGGAUCUGUCUUGCUAAGCUGAGGAUUGACCCUGUGCCCCCUCCCAAUGAAUUUGUGUUCAAUCACUGGCGAGUUUCUUAUUCAAGCUGUAAAUACAGCCACCUAAUUACCUCUCAUCAGUUCCAGCCUAGCGAACUGAUAAAAUACUGGAACCAUUUACAACAAAAUAAGCACAACGCCUGUGCCAACGCAGCAAAAGACAAGGCAGGCAGAUAUCGCCACCGUAAACUACACUAAAAAGACAGUUGUUUUUUUUCCUUCAAAUGUGCAAUCUGUAAAAUAUUGGUUAAAAGCAUGUAUAGUUAAAACUGAUUGCAUCCAUAGGAAAAGUUUUAGUUAAAAUUCAUCACAUGAAGGAAUUUUGAAAAUAUUUUUUUAAUUUCUGAAGACAGUAAUUCUCGACUACAAAAUAUAACAAAAAGGUCUCUCAAAGAAUCAAGAGGCUGUUUUGUGUGUGUGCUGGCAUGCAAUCACUAGCAUACACACAUCAGUGGUGCAAGUUUUCUGUUAGAAGUCAAUAAAGUGCUUUUGCAUAUUUUUCACAUAAAUUUACAAAAUGGAAAAUAGUCAAAAGGCCUUGCAUUUUACUUUUAAUAAUUCAAUAUGAUUUUAUUAGUAAUUUAAUGGCCAACAGGGUUAUCACAGGGCCCCAGUGCCUACAGAACGAAACCACUGCUCCCAGUGGCCUUUUUUAAUUAUUUAUUUAUUAAUUUUCCCCCUAGUAUUUGACGGGACAAAGAGAAACUAAAAGGAAAAGGGCAGCUAGGGAGGGGAAAAGAGUCGUCUGCAGCACUGUUUACACCUGCAGGUAGAAAUGGAAGGUUUGAACACAGGUCCUUGAAUAUGAUAAUGUGGCUCUAAGGCCCUUCACUUUAGACUCAGUUUUUCAUUUCAAUCUAUAAUUAAAUGUAAAUAAAACACUACUGUUACAUCUAAGAAGACUUUAUAAUUGUGCAAAGAACAAAUUUUCUGACCUGACUAUUCUAGGGUUACAAAAAUUAAAUUCCACGCAAUAUGAUUCAUUUAAGUUAUUCCAUAAAUGCACUGAUAAAAGUUCAUGUAUCAUCAGUAGUUAUUGUUUAAGCAUCUACUUUUUUAAACUAGCAUACUUACUUUAUUAAUGAGCACAUUUAUUGGGGAAAGUUAUUUUUGAUGUGACAAAAUGUGAAAAAGCAAUGUGUCUCAGGCUCAAGUUUUAUAAAAGAAAAAAAAAUUGUUUUGAGAGUUUGUUUUCCUGUUGGUGUUAAGAGCCAACUUAGUAUUACAAUGAGUUGCUGAAUCAGAUCUGUUACUGCACUGAAAGAGUAUCACCACAUAACUUUUUCUGUAAAAUAGAUCCUGUUCCUCUAACUGAAGCAAAGAAUUGUAACUUACAGGCACAAGAAUGUGCUGUUGGGAAAAAGUAAAGGAUACAAAGAGUAGCAGCAGUUUCAUUCAAUACAUUUCAAGAUGCAUGCCUGCCAACUGCAACAUAUGGGGAGUUUAUUUCCUGACAGCAGGUGUACACAUGCCAAUACUUAAUCACUUCAUGGCACCUACUUCUUUCUGAGUGCCAAGUUUACAAAUAUGAAGUUUUCAACUUGGUAGAUGGCAAACAGUCUGCACCACCUAUUAAAAACCUUUGGGGGAAGGGAAUAGGGAGAAACUACAAAUGGUGAAGGAACACUUGAUUCUAGGAGGAACAAUGUGAUAAUGCACUUUUAUCAAUUUUUAAUAAAAAAGGUAAAUAAAAUA